GACACAACACUACGGAGGGCAAAAUGGACGAGAAGUUAAUAUUGGCUGUAUUUAAUUACCCAGAGCUGUACAAUGUCACUUUGCCGAAUUACCGCUGCACAGAAAGUCGAGCAAAUGCGUGGAGAAACAUCAGUAUCGUACUGGGUCUCCCGUCUGAGGAGUGUAAAAGAAAAUGGAAGAACAUGAGAGACCGAUACUUGAAGGAAGUCCGGAUGGAGAUCAAAAGCAAGAAGCAAGGAGAGAUCGUGCAGAGUAGAUGGAAAUAUAGACAACUUAUGAACUUUAUUGCCCCCUUCACUGGAUCGAGAAGUGGUGUGGCGGACAUAUGCGGCAACAAUGAAGACGACCACGACAAUCCUGACAACGAAUCUGGCAGUGCCGAAGGAGAAACGACAUCAUCUGAGGCCGUCAAGACACUGCAGUCCGCCAUGAAGGCCCCUGCAAGUCAACCCGACCUCAAACCCCAGGUAGCCUUCGUGUCGCAGCUCCCGUCAGUGACUCAAGAAUCACAGAUGGCCCAGCUGGCUGUUCUGGCUAAGAUGCCAUCGAGCCCACAGAUCGCCCCAACCACCAAAACUGGAAAGAAACGACGCCAGAUGCAAGACUCACUUUCACUGUCUUCUUCCCAAAGUACAACGUCCCCGACAAAGUGGCUGGUCAAAGACAAUGGCACCUCGUUUCCCAACAGGCCUCGGGACGAGGACGAACUGUUUCUCCUGAGUUUUGUCCCCGCUCUGAAACGACUUGCGCCACAGAAAAGGUGCGAGACAAAAAUAAAGAUCCAGCAGAUUAUGUAUGAGGCAGAGUUCAAUGUUGCACAGCCAGGAUCUCAAGAGAAACAGGCGGAGCCAGCAUCUCAGGACUGAUGAGACAAACGGACUAUUUUUAUACUUUAUUCUGCUUUCUAAAAACCUCUUCCACAAAACAACCAAAAUAUCUAUUUUUCUUUUUUUUAAUGGCACAAAUUGGUUGAGUCUGAAGUACAUCCUUGUUAAUGUGAGAUUAUUAACAAUGAAGGUAAACUAAACAUCCUACUACAGAAGGAGUUGUUGAAUUUUUGUACACCACUGUGGUUUGGUGUUUCUUGAUUUGCAUAUUUAUUAUUUGAGAAGGCUUCUCGGAGAAUGAAGCCCUGACAGAUUUAAUGUGACAACAGAUAAAGUGUGAUUAACAUCUUUAUUUACAUCAGCAUUACUGUAAAUAGAGUGAAUUUACAGUUAGAAAAGUGGUUUCAUGUUCAACCAGCCAAUCUUCAUAUCAGUAAUAAUUCUGUAAUAAUUACAGUAUUUUACAUUUAAUUACAGUGUCAGAGAAAACUGAGAACAAAAAAAAAAUA